GGAGGCGGUGGCGGCAAGAUGGCGGCGGCUGGAGCGGGGGGUGGGCCGGGCCGCCCUGUCGCUGCUCGGACAUGAACCCGGGUCACCUCCGCUGCCAGCCUGGUGUCACCCUGGCCGCAGCAUGGAGCGCUGGGCCUGUCCUCGCCCAUCCGGCUCCACCGAGCAGCCGUUGCCUCAGCCCGUGGAGCGCUCAGGGGCCGCCCGUGCCCUGUAGCCCCCCCUGGCCGGUGCGGAGCUGUGCCCGUGGGCAUGGAGAGGAUGAGCUGGCUCAGCAGGUUGCACCCCCGGGCAGCGGGGCACAGGGCCAGCCGCGGCGCCAGUCUGCAGAGCCCCGUGACGGCUGACCCCGAGACCUGCCUCAUGGUCUUCAAGAACCACUGGUGCCAGGUACUGAGGAUCCUGGAGACGCGGGGCCCCAGGCCGGGCCCGGGCACGGCGGACGACGCGAGCGCCGUGCGGAACAACACCUACCAGAUGCUGACGCUGCUGGCGGAGGAGCGGGCGGGCGCCGGGGCGGGCGCGGGGCCCAUCCUGCAGCUGGUGCUGACGGAGAAUCUGCUCGAGCGCCUCCUGCACUGGCACCUGCAGCGGGACAGCGGCGAGGAGCAGCGGGCGGAGCAGCUGAAGCUCUACGAGAUGCUGAUCAGCCAGAGCCACCAGCCCCUGCUGCGCCACCCGCCCGUGCGGCGCCCGCUGCUCCACCUGCUGAGCCUGUGCGCCGAGCCGGCCUCGCCCGCCCUGCAGACCAGCCUGGUGCUGCUGCUCAACCAGCUCUGCGGCUGCGUGGCCAAGGAACCGGCGCUCCUGGAGCUCUUCUUCCACCGGCCCACGGAGCAGGGCCCCGGCGACCUGCUGCUCUUCUCCCUGCUUGUCCCCUUCAUCCACCACGAGGGGCCCACGGGGCAGCAGGCCCGCGACGCCCUGCUGCUGCUCCUGGCCAUGGCCGCCAGCAACCACGCCGUGGCCACCUACAUCACCGGCAGCUCCUACUUCUGCCCGGUCCUCGCCACGGGCCUCAGCGCCCUCUACUCCUCGCUGCCCCGCAAGAUCGAGGUGCGGGCGGACGACUGGCACUGCCUGCGCCGCGAGGACUGGAUGGGGGUGCCUGCCCUCGUCCUCUUCAUGAACUCGCUGGAGUUCUGCAACGCCGUCAUCCAGGUUGCCCACCCGCUGGUGCAGAAGCAGCUGGUGGAUUACGUCCACAACGGCUUCCUGGUGCCCGUGAUGGGCCCAGCCCUGCACAAGACGGCGGUGGAGGAGCUGAUGGCCAGCACGGCGUACCUGGAGCUGUUCCUGCGCAGCGUCAGCGACCCGGCCCUGCUCCAAACCUUCCUGCGCUUCAUCCUGCUUCACCGGCAUGACCACAGCACCAUCCUCGACACGCUCGUCGCCCGCAUCGCUGCCAACUCCCGGCUCUGCAUGGUGUCUCUGAGUCUCUUCCGCACGCUGCUGAACCUGAACUGCGAGGACGUGAUGCUGCAGCUGGUACUCAGGUACCUGAUCCCCUGCAGCCACGUCAUGCUGAGCCAGAGGCGGGCGGUGAAGGACCUGGACAUCUACGGCAAGACGGCCGCCAAGUUCCUGUCGCUGAUCCCGCGCUGCUGCCGGGCCGAGAGCCUGCCCGCGCCCGACCGGGAGGAGCACGCCACCUGGGCCAAAGCCCACGGGAGCCCCACCGUGGACACCUCCUCCGUGGUCACCGUGCCCAAGCCCUCCACGCCCUCCCGCCUCGCCUUCUUCAUGCGCCAGCAGAGCUGCAGCUCGGAGGCGGGGAGCCCGGCGCCCCGCUCGCCCGGCCUGGCCACGCCCAGCGGGAGCCCCUCCCACCGCCCGGCCCGGUGGGAAGAGGUGGCGGAGCUGGACGGGAACUACCUGGAGUACUUGCGGGACGCUCAGCUCAGCGUGGAGCAGUGCGUGCUGGCCUGCCGCGUCUGGUCAGCCCCCUACGAUGGGGAGCAGCCUAGCGCCGGCCCCCCCGGCCCCGCCACCCCGCGCACUAAGAAGAGGGGCCUGCCAGAGGAGGGCGGGGGGCCGGCCGGGGCCCCCAGCAGCAGUGAGCCUAGCGCUGGCCCCCCCGUGCCCAACGUUGAGGACUCGGCCCCCCUCCUGAACGGGGCCCCCGGGGCGGAGCCGAGCCGGCCCAGCAGGCCGGACGGGAACGUGGUGGUGAAGAAGGUGCGCCGGGGCACCCCCUUCACCUGCUCGGAGCGGGAGCUGAGGGGGCUCAAGGCCCAGGCGGAGAACGGCUCCCCCACCAGCCCGGCCCCGGCCCCGGCCUGGGAGCAGCCGUCCGUGGACUCCCUGAUCGACGAGCUGCUGGCCCGGGCGCCCAGCGAGCCCAACGGCUCCAGCCUGAGCAUCGAGAGCUUCUCGCGGGAGCUGCGGGAGCUGGAGGCUGAACUGCAGAGUGGGGCUGGGCAGCCCCCCGCCUCGCCCGCCGGGCCCCUCUCCCGGGAGGAGGAGGAGGAGGCUGACGAGAGGUUUGCUGAGCGCCCGGCUCCCCUCGUCUCUGGGGGGGCCCCAGUGCAGCCCCGGCCACCGGAGCCCCUGGCCCAGCUUGUCAGCAGCCCCCUGCGCACUCCGGGGCAGCCGCCCAGCCAUCCCUUCACAGGUCCCUUCGUGGCCGUGCUGCUGGCGAAGCUGGAGAACAUGGUGCAGAACUCGCUGUACGUCAACGUGCUGCUGACGGGGCUGGUGGCGCGACUCGCCUGCUACCCGCAGCCCCUGCUCCGUUCUUUCCUGCUCAACACCAACAUGGUCUUCCAGCCCAGCGUCAAGUCCCUGCUGCAGGUCCUGGGCUCGGUGAAGAACAAGAUCGAGAGCUUUGCCGCCAGACAGGACGACUUCCCCGCCCUGCUCUUCAAAGCCCGCAAGUACCUGCUCGCCCGCGGCCAGCUGGACUGGGCCGACGCCCCCAACGCCGCGCCGGCCCUGCGCCGCUCGGAGACGCUGGUGAAGAGCCGCAAGCCGUCCAUCGGGGAGCUGAUCCUGCGACACGCCAACAGCCCGACGCGGGCGCGGCAGGCGGCCCAGCUGGCGCUGCAGCAGGUGCGGGAGGCGCCGGCCGGCGCAGAGAAGCAGAGCGAGGCGCUGCGGGUGAGGAACGCCGUGUACUGCGCCGUCAUCUUCAGCGAGUUCCUCAAGGAGCUGGCGGCCAUCGCCCAGGCCCACGCGGUCACCUCGCCCUUCCUGCUGGAGCCCGAGGAGUGAGGGUGCCCGCCGGCCCCGGCGCCCGCCGGCCGGGACUCGCCGUUUUAACCUGCCCUCAGGACACGGACCUUAAUUUAUUGGGGGGGCGGGGGGGCUGCACUGCGGAUAAAGGAGAGU